CUGUUGCCAACGAUUCAAAACAAUCAUCUCUAAGAUGGGUUACUUCAAUAGUGCCAUAUAGAAUAAAUAGUUGCAAAUAGAUCUUCUAUGAGUUACCCACCUACUUAUUAUAAGCGAUUAAUUAUUAUGUAAGUAUCUAACUGAAGAAAUCCAUCCAUCUAUCACAUUUAUAGUCUAUAUAGAGUCUAGAUUUUACCAAAAAUGUGUGAUAGGUAGGUACCAAGAAAACGGACCUUAACGGUAAAAAGACAAAAACGGUCAAAAUAAAGAAGGCUUACACCGCCUCUAAAAUCUGAUACUGCGUUCAUGCCGUUCAAUAAAAGAAAAUAAAUAAAAUAAUUCAACACUUCGAUAAAUGUGCUGUCGAUUAAUCAUAAUGUUAUUCAUACUACGUAUCUAAUGACCACCAUCGAACAAUCGUUUUCCUUCGUACAUAAUAAUAUAGGCACAUAUAGUACAUACGUAUAUUCAUUCACAUUCAGUUGGAUUUAUCAGCCGUUAAACGACGUCGAAGUAAUGUGAAUAAACACAAUAACAAACAUGCACAUACAAAAUGGCAAGACGAUUAAAAUUACAAUGUAUAAUAAUAUGUGUUAUAGUUACAUGGCAGUUACGUGUGCCGAGUGCUUUUUAUAUGUUUUUAUUAUUAUAGUGACGUUACACGCCGUGACUACAGCUACAGAAUGUCAGACUGACUCAUAUUCCAAACAUCCCUCUCGACGGGGAAACGACGAUAGGCGUAGUAAUAUACCACAGUAAAGUGUCUUUUCUCGGAUAAGUUUAUUGUUUUACACAUAAUUCGUAUUAUACAAUUAAGUUGCGUAUAACGCAAUAUAAAUAUUUAAAAAAUACUUCAAUUAUUCCGUAAGUAUUGCACGACAGAGAAUAACUCGUGAACAUACGGAGUGUCAACCGCAAGCAGGUCCAAUAUACCUUUUCUUUCGUAGGUUUUUGUUUCUUGUCGUUCAUUCAUAUCCAAAAUUCUGUUGUAUUUACGCAUUUUCGGCUCACAACACUUCUUUCCGAUCCGAACCCUUCCGUUCCGCCUUCUAUAGGUACCGACCAUGCAGGAAGAUUCGUCUGAUUCGAACGGCGAGGGCGGUGCACUGACCGCUAAUGAAUACGCAUCCAACACGACCAAGCGACAGGUGUAUUUGGAAUUCUCAGAGUUCAGUCCGGCGCAGAUUCGAAAGAUCGAAGACAUUUUUAACCAAUAUGAUGCAAACAAAGAUGGAUAUCUGUGUCGGAAUGAAUUGAAACGAAUGAUGAUCAAACGUCGAGUUCCGUGGACUGAAAACUCAUUGAGUCAACUAAUUGAUGAUGUGGACAAAGACAAGGAUGGAAAAUUGACUUUUAGAGAAACUUUGGAGUACUGUCAACGUGCAUUGGCCAAACAAGAAAAAGUAGACUUUAACAAAGUUGGUAUUAAAGGUGUAAGAGACUUCUUCGAGGCAAAGGCUAAAUAUUUCAAAUAGGCAGAGCAGCAGUUUUUGAAAAAUGUAUUUAAA